AUGGUCCAAUGUCAGCUCUGUUCAAAAUUGCUUCUGGAUGAAUAUUACUUGAGAUGUCACAUGUCUGAAAAACAUGGUGACACGAUGCCUUUUAAAUGUUCAUUGUGUGGAAAAGGAUAUCAAUCACAGAUGGGUUUAAGUCAUCAUAUGCAAGCACACAAAGGCAAAACAUUUAUGUGCCCUAUUUGUGAUUCAAAAUUUACUCAAAAAUUUACUAUUAAAAAGCAUCUAAGAAACAUACAUAUGUCGAUGCAGUGUACCUCCUGUUCUCUAAUACUGAAACUGUCAGAAUACAACCAACAUGUGUUAACUUGUCCACCUUAA